AUGUCAGUGGAGAAUCACCCGGAGUGGCAAGGGUCGCGACCAGCCAAGUGGAUGGACCGUAAUACUGGCAAGAACAAUAGCCGAAAAAUAAUACCCACUGUGUGCCGGUCUGGAGAGCAGGACACCUUCACACGACUUGGAAUGGACAGGUUUUCUCUCGGUUUUUUCAAAGAAGGAGGCUUAAUUCCUGGAGCAGGAUUUAUUCGUGGUAUGUAUCCGCGUACGGCUCCUCUCAAUAGCGUCUGUUGGGAAUCUUUUCGAGCUGAGCGGCCAGAUUUGGUUCAGAAAAGAUUACCGUUUCGGGAAGUUGACCGGCUGGCUGAACAGCAAGCGGCUAAGGGAAGCGUUGAGGAGCUCGGGGAGUGGGAGAGGAAUAUUUUGAGGGAAAUUCCGGGGGCUAAUUAUGCAGAGAUUUUAAUUGUAUAA